CUUAUUCUUCUUGAAGGAGGACAUAACUGAAAACUCUGAAAGCUGGUUCUUUGAAGGAGCUAUCCAUCCAUGGCGGCACUAAAAACUUAUGCAUCAAGCAACCCGGAUGAAGUUCACACCGACGUCCUCUUCAAAGCGAGAGAAUCUUGUUACAAGACUCGCGACGCUUUCUAUUCGUGUUUGGAGAAAGAAGCCGAUAAGAAACCGACUGAAAUCGCCUCCGUGGGCCUCUUGUACCCAGUCGAAUGCAAGAAAUCAAGGGAUGAGUUUGUCGAGAAUUGCCGAGCUUCUUGGGUGAAGCAUUUCGAUAGAUUGUACUGUAAGAACAAGAGGGUACAGAGGCUAUUGGACGAUGGUGGUCAGACAAGGAGAGGUCAGAUGUUGCUUCCACAGCCUUACACAUUCAAGCCUCCUUCUGAAUCUAGUUAGAUAUUUUUCUUCAAUUUCAGUUUUAGCCUUCUUGUCAUCCAGGUAGUUUGAUAAAUUCUUCUAGAAUUUUUUCUAAUUUUUUGAAUUACAGUCUAAAAGAUUGUAUAGUUACAGUAAUGGGUAUUUGAUACUACAUACAUUACUAGCAUCUAUGCUACACUUUUGAAAAAUAAGUAGUGGAAAAAACUUUUCAGGUCAAUGGGAAAACUCCUAACUUUUCAAUGAUGAGUUAUUACUGUUAGGAGGAAACACUUGUGUUGGGACUAUUUGAAAGUGGGUAGUGCCGUCAUGUUAAGUUAAUCCAUUUUGGGAGGAGUGUAAAGCGGGAUUGGGGACACAAGGAGGACUAAAAUGGGUUUAAGACUUACUGCAACUGUUUCUUAUUGUUGUUUGUGGUUUUUGUCUGUAAAUGAAGUGUAUUUGAACGUAAUGUGAUUCAUUUUUUGUGCUAAUAAAGAAUGUAAGUUCAAGCGA